AGCACCCACAAAGAUGGCGUUGGAAGAAUAUCUGUGGAUGGUUAUUGUCGGUUUUAUUAUUGCUUUCAUCUUAGCAUUCUCAGUUGGCGCAAAUGAUGUUGCCAAUUCUUUUGGUACGGCUGUGGGCUCUGGUGUGGUGACCUUACGCCAGGCCUGUAUUCUUGCUUCCAUAUUUGAAACUACUGGUUCAGUGCUGCUAGGAGCAAAAGUAGGCGAAACUAUUCGUAAAGGUAUAAUAGAUGUGAAUUUGUACAACAGCACUGUGGAUCUACUGAUGGCAGGAGAAGUUAGUGCGAUGGUUGGAUCUGCUGUUUGGCAACUGAUAGCAUCUUUCUUGAAACUCCCAAUAUCCGGAACACAUUGCAUUGUAGGUGCUACCAUUGGAUUCUCAUUAGUUGCAAUUGGAACAAAAGGAGUCCAGUGGAUGGAACUUGUCAAGAUUGUUGCUUCUUGGUUUAUCUCCCCUCUUUUAUCUGGGAUGAUGUCUGGUGUACUGUUUUUGCUUAUUAGAUUCUGCAUCUUAAAUAAGGAGGACCCUGUACCCAAUGGUCUUCGUGCCCUUCCAGUGUUCUAUGCUGCUACAAUAACGAUUAAUGUAUUCUCUAUAAUGUAUACAGGUGCCCCAGUCCUAGGAAUCACUCUUCCUGUGUGGGCGAUAGCACUAAUAUCAAUUGGUGUAUCACUAGUAAUUGCUGCCUUAGUCUGGAUAUUUGUGUGUCCAUGGAUGAAAAGAAAAAUAGCAAGUCGGUUAAAGAAAGAAGGUGCAUUGUCAAAAAUAUCUGACGAAAGCCUUGAUAAACUUCAAGAUGAAGAUCUGCCUGUCUUUAAAGAACUCCCUGGUGCCAAAGCAACAGAUGAAAGUACUAUUCCUCUCACUGGCUCUGGAACCGAAGACGCUGGUGUAUCUGAUAGUAUUGCAAAUGGUAAUCAUCCACGUGUACCAUAUGGAAGAGCCUUCUCAAUGACACACAGUACGGUGAAAUCUCCUGUUUCCAAUGGCACGUUUAAUUUUGAUGGCCACAUGAAGAGUGACAUUCACGUAUAUCAUACUGUGCACAAAGAUUCGGGAUUAUACAAAGACUUACUUCACAAAAUACAUCUAGACAGAGGUAAUAAUGACGACAGGCCUCUGCAAGAAAAUAACUACAAGUUACUGCGCCGCAACAACAGUUACACCUGCUACACUGCCGCCAUUUGUGGGAUGCCAGUUCAUUCAUCCUUCAAGGCUGCUGAUGUGUCGACUACAGAAGAUAGUGAAAAGCUAGUGACAGACACAGUUUCUUAUUCCAAAAAGAGAGUUCGGUAUGACAGCUACUCCAGCUACUGUAAUGCUGUUGCUGAAGCAGAAAUUGAAGCAGAGGAAGGUGGCGUGGAGAUGAAAUUGGCCUCUGAAUUAGUAGAUCCGAACCAUCCCCCAGAAGACCUUCCAGAAGAAGAGAGAGAUGAAAGAGACUCCUCACAAGUCCACCUGCUCUUUCACUUUCUCCAGAUCCUUACAGCUUGUUUUGGAUCUUUUGCUCAUGGUGGCAAUGAUGUUAGCAAUGCUAUUGGUCCUUUGGUAGCCCUCUGGCUUAUAUAUGACAAAGGCGGGGUAAUGCAAGAAGCUCCUACUCCUGUUUGGCUACUACUGUAUGGAGGUGUUGGCAUCUGCGUAGGCCUUUGGGUCUGGGGGCGAAGAGUGAUCCAAACAAUGGGGAAAGACCUCACUCCCAUCACCCCAUCGAGUGGGUUCACUAUUGAGUUGGCUUCGGCGUUCACAGUUGUGAUAGCUUCCAAUGUUGGACUUCCUGUCAGUACUACACACUGCAAGGUCGGCUCUGUGGUGGCAGUUGGCUGGAUACGCUCCAAGAAGGCUGUUGACUGGCAUCUCUUCCGCAAUAUCUUUCUAGCCUGGUUUGUGACAGUUCCUGUGGCCGGCUUAUUCAGUGCUGGCGUCAUGGCAAUUCUAAUGUAUGGUAUCCUGCCCUACGUCUGACUUCAUUGUUGUUUCCCAGAAAGAAGGGAGCCUUUCUUUGAAAUAAAAGAAGGCAAGAUCUCUCAUUCAAGAGUGCUGAGCUCCCUAUUCAAACCAUACGCUACAGUUAGUCAGCAAGGAUGUAUUCUCAGUGUCUUUAACAUCUGCUGUACAUAUCAUCUGUGUCAUUGGUUGACAUAACACGUGGUGCCGUUUUCUUAUAUAUUAAAGAAAUAUAUAUAUAUGCUUCUAGCAGGUAAAACUACCUUAAAUUAUAAGUGAGGUGAAAAUAAUUGCCUAGAAUUUAAUCUUUAGUAAAAAUGUGUACAUAAUGUAUCAUUUGGUGGCAGUUUUUAAAAUAUUUUAGAAGAGCUGGGAUAUUUGUCACUUUGAUAAUAUGAUAAAGCAAGGUGCAAAAUGGGUGCAGUUUUUUAAAAAAAUGCUGUUUAAUGAUACUGGAGCAAAACCAUGCAGAAGUACAUUGGUUAAAAAUGUGGUUCAUAUCAUUGUUGUGUAUAAUACUGUAUGAAUAUUGGUUUUAUAAAUACUUUUUAAAAAGUAGCUUUUUAAUGGUGCAUUUCCCUGAUAUAUUUUGGAUAAGAAAGUUUAGAAAGUACCAAAGAAGGGGAAUAGCUUGUCAGUAUUACAUUAUAUGUCUGUCCGUGUAUGUGCUGUUUGUCUCCCCUCCAUGUAAAUUUCGAAUGGAAAUUAUUUUCUGCCAUCAACCGUCAGCAAAGCUGGGAUGAUAUCACUCCUGUUUACUGUAACUAGCAAAGUGUCGUAAUGUUACAGUCUAUAUAGCAAAUACUAUCCACAUGGGAUUUAAUAAAAGUCCAGCUUUACGUGUUAAACCCCAAAUUCUCUUCGAACAUCUAUUCAUCAUCCCUUGUAUGUUAAUCCAGUUCUGCUCCCAGAACGUCCAUUUAUCAGCGAGUUCAGGGGGCAAAAGAUGAGGAUUGAGCCCAUUCUGUUUGCUUCUCCUUUUGCCUCCAGUAAGUCUUAACUAUGCAGUGCCAACUGGGGAAUGACGGUACCACGCACAAUUGUAGUGAUAUAUGCCCAGCAUCUAAAUAAGUGGGGAACAAAUUAGGCUCAUUUGAGGUAUUAUAUAAUGUCAAUCUCCUAUGCUAGAAGUGGCUAUUAAAAUGGUUAUCAUGCAGAGGAUUUAAAGUGUCUUUUUGUGACAAAGGAACAAAUAUAAGACUUAAUUCAGAUGUUAACCUUGAGCAGAGUAAGAUCUUCUGCAGCAUGACUCUUCCUGCCUCCUAAUAAUAUAAGAUCUCUGAGGCUCCCAUGGAAGAGUCUACACUGUAGCUUCUUAUGCCAGUGUUGCUCCACUGCAGUAAUGCCAUAGGAAGAAGCUGCACUAUGGAGUAUCUGUUGACACUGGGAACUUGAAGUGUUUCAAACACAACAAGGAGUCAUAAUGUAUUGCUAUUGAUAAUGUAGACAGGAAUCCUAAAAAAACUAGGAUGCCUUUUUGAAAAGGCAUCCUAGUUUGCUAGUCCUAUGAACAACAUUUAAUAAUAACACUACUGAAGAGACCUGGCCCUACAACCGCAACGUGUUGCAAUUCCUUAGAUAUGCCUUGGAUUAGGUCUUUUUCCAGUAACAUAACGGGAUAGUAUUGCCCAACAGACAGCUGGUAGAAUCCAGUUCUUUCAUUUGCCAUAGAGUCUUUCAGUUCUCUUGAAUAUAUCUGGUUUUUCAUACAGCUCUCAUUGGUUUCCAUUGGGCUUAUGAAACAAUUCUUUCGAGAAAACUGUGCUCCAUGGCUUCUAAAGACAUACUAUUGCGAUAAUGUCCAUGUUGGGUUUACUGGAUCAGGCUUAAGGAAAGUGUGUUUGGAGGAGAAUGGGAAUCUUGACUUUUGAAAUGCUGCUAAAAUUUUGAUACAUGAGCUUUCUUGGUACACCAUUGUGAUCCUUUUUCAUUGGUCAUUCAUUCUAAAUUUCUAAUAAAAUAAUGCCCGAAAAUUG